GACCGUAUAGGAUUGCAAGGAUCACAGAAGGACUUGAGGAAUCUUCAUUUCGUGCCACGUUGCACGAUGGCGGCUUUCCAGGCAGGCACGACAUUGGAUGUUCGUCUGCACCCCACUGGCAUGUGCAACUCGGGUGUGCGGGCAGCCGGUGAACGGAUCGAUGCUGCCCAGAUGAGUAGCGACGACGUUCGCAAAUACGGCAAGGGGCUGAAGUUGGUACGCGAUGUUUUCCCGCGCCCGUUUUCCAUAGCAGCCGACGGGGUGGCAAUCCGAGACAUCACCAUGCAGAACGUGGAGGGCGCAAAGAGCGAUUUCGUGCACUAUCAGGGGGUCUGGCGGCUCCAGCCGCUGGACGGCUGCGCAGCACCGGGCGAGAACAUGAUGCGCCUGACCUUCGCAGUGGAGUGCGAGCCGCACUGGUUUCUGCCCGUGGCCCCCGUGGAGGGCCGCAUCGCUGAGGCGCUGGUGGAGAACAUGGAGGCGAUCCGCGCGCACGUGGAGGCGACGGUGCAGAGCCGCGCGCAGGCCGCGGCCGCCGCCGGGGUCGCGAGUCCUGCGAGCGCGGCCGCACCGGUGCAGGCGGCUGCUCCGGCGAAGGAGAAGACGCUCUGGGAUCAGGCUGCCGAGUGGGUGGCGGAGAACGCGCCGCAGGCGCCCGCCGGCGCCCCCCAGUGGGUCCCCUUCUCGCUCGACGGCUUGCCGCGGCGCGCGCUCCGGCGCAGGGGUGCCCCGCUCGCUGGCGCGCGGCUGCGGUUCGGUGCAGGCGCGUCGCCGUCGUCGUCGUCGUCGUCAGGAGGCCCGAAGCCGUCCGAGGCGAUGACCGGCGCGCUGGCCAGGACCGAGGCGACGCUCGGCGCCCUGGAGCCGCUGGGCGCGGGCCUCGAGGCGGGCGCCGGCGCCGCCGGCCUGGUGGACGUCCUGGCCGCCGCUGUGGCCGUGGAGGGCCUGGCUCCGCAGGUACUGAUGGGCGCCGCUGUGGCAGCGAUUGCCGCGUGGAGCGGAUCGACGCGCCAGUCGGGCAACCAGGGCGUUGCAGAAGCAGGCUGGGCGGGGGGGGACGACGACCUCAAGCGGGCGUGGCUGGCCGUGCUGGAGCAGCACCCCGAGGCCGUCGUGCAGAAGGAGUUCCUGGGCGUCCCCUUCGAGCGGGACAUGCUCAAGAGACGCCUGAACAGAUUUGCGCGGCUGCUCGGCAUCUCGGUGGCUCAAGCCGUACCGAUCAUCGAGGUCGACGCCACCCCCCUCCUGGUCGAGUCUGCAGACAUCUCGGAGGUCCUGGGCCGCCUCGCCACCAUCACCUCGGUGGAGAAGGCCCGCGAGCUCGUCAGCAAGAACCCGACGCUGGUCGCGGGGCGCGCGGCGGACAGGAAGAAGGAGGACGGCCUGGCCGUCUCUGCCAUAGUGGAUAUCCUCUACGCCGGCCGCCUGCAGAAGGUCCUGGAGGACUCAGACGGGGGGAAGGACACCCGCGGCAAGAUCGCAGAGAUCGAGCUCUAUCUGGGGCGCCUCGCGAGCCUGAAGCCCCUCGCGGACGUGGCCUUCCGCGGGCUCACGGCCGGCAACGCCGCCGCGGCCACCCGGCGGCUCUUCCGGGCGCUGCAGCAGGUGGUGCCCAACGAGUCCAUCCGGGUGCUCCUCGGCCGCGUGGCGGAGGCCGAGAGGCCCUGGGAGUACCUCGUGGAGCAGACCACCGCUGGCCUCUCCAUGGCCCGCGGGCUGGUGCAGAGACCGUCCAUGACCACGCCCAUCGUAAACUACUGGACCCCGAUCAUGAUGCACCUGCCCUCGAUCUACACGCGGCUGUCCAUCCUGCGUCCCCACGUGCCGGCGAUUGUGCGGAUCCUGGACCCGUAUUUCGAGAUCGUGGAGCCCUACCUGGACAGGAUCAUGGAGCGGAUGGACAGGACUCCGGAUGGGGAGGACCGCACCUGCCCUACAUCCUGCUGCACCUGGACGUGCUCGCCAAGCACUGCGGGCCUCUGCUCGACCACUUCGACACGCUCAUCCCCUACGCCGAGAACAAGUACACGCUCGGCAGGCGGGAGGGCGUCGCGCAGUGCUUCACCGCCCCGGAGGAGCAGAUCGAGCAGUGCGUGA